GGCCAAGCCUUUCAGCUUUCAGCCAGAGAAGGGAGGAACUCGAGGAAGAAAAACAAGGGCAUAUUUCUAAUAUGGAGUUCAUGAAUCAUGUGUACCACUUUGACGAUCCAGCUACUCAAAAAUUGAAGGGACAUCGACAUGGAUUUGUCUAAAGAACUCAAGCAUAAUGAAUCUAAUGUACAAGAUGCACAGCCGCAUGAUGUACAAGAUGCACAGCCUCAUGUGGAAAAGUUAGCUACUUUAGUAGGACAGCUAAUAAGCAUCAAAAAAAUAUUUCAGACACAUGAUUCUACCAUACAAUCAGAAGCUGAUGUACUUGAUGCUCAACAUGAGGAGGCUGUUUCUCUUAAAAGAGAACUCUUUAAAGAUUCCCAGAUUUACAAACUAUUGGGAGUGAAGGAGGGGAGUGGCUGCUCCGCUGCCCUCAUUCAAUUAUUUUGUGAUUUUUUUGAUCAAGAAAGAGGUAUCUUCAAGAUCAAAGAGGGAAUAGAAAUCAGUUUUUGUGCACACCGGGUUGCAGAUUCAGUAUCAAUCAACCAUACCGGUAAGCCAAUCAGGGAAUUUGAGAUGCAGGGGAAGGAUAAAAUGAUGCGGCUUCCACCUUUUGUGGAUAGUUUAAAACAGUUGUAUGUUUCUAAGAAUGAGAAAAAGGAGAAAAAAGAUAGAAACGACAAGGAGAAGCACAAAAACAGGAUUAAGAGGGAAUUGAGUUGUCACUCCUUGAUAGAGAUUUUGAGGCGCAUGCCUGUGGAAACGGAUGAACAGAAAGACCAAUACAAGCAGCUUGUUCGCUUGUUUGUGGAUGACCAGAUUUUCCUUCCAUCUAGCGAAAAUGCAUACAUCAGGAGUGGGAACUACAAGUAUUGCGUUGACGCGUCCACAUUUGAAUCAAUUAAUUGGGCUCAAGCAAUACUUGACAGAAUUUAUGAGGCUGUUAAGAAGAACACUCGGACAUUUAGUGCUUGCAGUACUGUUUUUCAGGCACUCAUUUAUGAUAAAAUUCCGAAGUUGGUUCUCGAGGACAUGAAACUUAAGUCAGCUCUAGUACCGGCAGAUAAAUACCCGGUGAUUAGGAGGAAGAAAGAAAUAUGGAAAUUGAAGCUUGAUGAACUGAACUCCGAAGACAUCAAUAAAUGUGGUCUUUGUUCUCAACUUGACCAUGGACUUGACCAUGGCCACCACACGCCACUUUUUCAGAAAGCUUGUGAGGGUGUCAUGCUUGCGCAUGUAAUCGGGCAAGCAAGACAGGUACUAGAGGGAUCCUUGGAGGGUGAUUACCUCUCGGAAAUCAAUGAUUUUGGUCUUGUUGAAGACUUGAAAACUCAAUAUUUGGGAAUAGAUGAUAGAGAUGACUGGAGGUUAAUUGAAGCUCUUUCAAUGAAGGAUGCCUGCAGAUACACAGAGCCAGAAGCUCUGCUGAUUAACCUAAGUUCCACUCCAAAAACUUCGAACAUUGUAACUGUUCAUCCUCAAAUUGCGGAGCCAUCUGCGGAGCAACUAUGCGUGCAACAUCCGACUCUUGGUUAG